AUGUUACGACCAUCGGUUGCGCCUGGCCGUGCCUCGCAUGCACCAGGAUCGUUGAACUCGCACGAAUACGCCGCCGCAGCGGCCCAGAGGCUCGCAGAAAAGAAGAAAGAAUAUGAGGCUGUUGCUGCGUUAGAAAGCGCAAGCAACUUGCUCCUUCAGCGAAUGUCUGGCAUCAGUGGAGACUUUGAUGUGAUGGCAGACGCAGGUCGAGUUCAUGGACAGGUCCUUGAACAAUGGCCUAAGAUGUUCCAGAUCUUGAGCUUGUUCGUUUCGCAGCGCCAACAAACUGAGGCUUCGCAGGAGGAAGAAUCCACUGUCUCUUCAAAUUUCGAAGGGCAGCGUCUCGUCCGAGUCCCCAUUGACGAAUUGGCGUCAGAGAAGCAUUGA